AAACAAAAGAGGAAAGCCAAAGGGUGGCCCUCAAAACACUGAAACAUCGAUCUCUGUCUCUCCCUCUUGCUCUCGCUCCACACCACAAAACCCUAGCUUCGAAAUUCGAAUUGGGAAAAUUCGCCAACUUUCCUGCCCUACUGCUCUUUGUCUUCGUCAAUUCAAGGAAGAUUCUGUUAUUUGUUCACAGUUUUAGCACUGAACUAUGAACUGUCUAUGUCAUAUACAUUUUUAAGUGGUGAACAGAGAUAUAUAUGGCUUCUUUCUUGUCUGGUGAUUCCUCUAAUUAUGGAAUGAGUGAAAGUGGUUCCUAUAAACAAGCUCAUGACAUAUCAGAAGAAGGAGCCAAUUGGUAUUUUUCCAGGAAGGAAAUUGAAGAAAACUCUCCAUCUAAACAAGAUGGCAUUGACUUAAAAAAAGAGGCAUAUCUGCGCAAGUCAUACUGUACUUUUUUACAAGACCUGGGGAUGAGACUUAAAGUACCUCAGGUAACAAUUGCGACGGCCAUAAUUUUCUGCCACCGAUUCUUCCUUUGCCAAUCCCAUGCAAAGAAUGAUAGAUGGACCAUCGCAACGGUGUGUAUGUUUCUCGCUGGGAAGGUUGAAGAAACUCCCAGGCCACUGAAAGAUGUUAUUCUUGUCUCAUAUGAAAUUAUUCAUAAAAAGGAUCCUGCAGCAGUUCAUAGAAUCAAGCAAAAGGAGGUAUACGAACAGCAGAAAGAAUUAAUUUUACUAGGAGAGAGGGUUGUUCUUGGAACCCUUGCUUUCGAUUUUAAUGUACACCAUCCGUAUAAACCCCUGGUUGAGGCAAUAAAGAAAUUCAAAGUAGCUCAAAAUGCCCUUGCCCAAGUUGCAUGGAAUUUUGUAAAUGAUGGACUUCGGACAUCACUUUGCCUGCAAUUUAAGCCCCACCACAUUGCGGCUGGUGCCAUUUUUCUUGCUGCUAAGUUCCUCAAAGUAAAGCUUCCAUCAGAUGGCGAGAAGGUCUGGUGGCAAGAGUUUGAUGUCACCCCACGCCAAUUGGAGGAGGUUAGCAAUCAAAUGCUGGAACUAUAUGAACAAAAUCGGUUACCGCCUUCCAAUGAAGUUGAAGGAAGUUCAGUGAGUGGUGCUAAUCACCAGGCUUCUGCAAAACCUGCGACUAGCAAUGAUGAACAAGCAACUGGCAACAGUUACUUGCAGGCUGGAAGUACAAGACCUGGAACCUCAAAGCUAGCGUCGAGGCAAGGGUCUGAGCAUUCAUAUGUUGAGAAUGGUGGACCUGCUAGAAUUACCCAAAGUCAAAAUAAUGACUACAGAAACGUUGAAUUGAAAGGUGCCUUGGAGCAGAAUAUGAAUGCUGAAGUGAAAGAUAUUCAACCCCCUGAAGCGCGGCACCAGGAGAAGAUGGGUGAAGCUCAAAAUGCAUCAAGGUUUGUAUCAGAGGGACGUAGUGAAGAUGGUCAAGAAAGAGAGAGCAAUAUCGGGAAAGGUGAAACAAGGGAAGGAUGGGAACCAAAGGAUAAACAUUUUGGCCGAAAUCUGGAUAAUAGGCAAAGUGCACACGGCCGAUCACCUCAGGAAGCUAUCAAAAAAAUUGACAAGGACAAGGUAAGGGCAGCACUGGAGAAACGAAGGAAAUCUGUUGCCGAUGUCACUCGAAAGACAGAUGUUCUGGAUGAGGAUGAUUUGAUUGAGAGAGAACUGGAAGAUGGUAUUGAACUGGCUUCGGGGAGUGAGAAAAACAAGCGAGACCGGAGGCAAAGCUGGCCAAAGCCCUCAAAUAGACCAGAACUUGGAGAUGGACCACAAUUAAACAAUAUAGAAGAAGGUGAGGUAUCGGCACUUGAUUCUGGACAUGAAUUUCAUUCACCCAAAUCAAGCAGUCGCAAGAGAAGGGCAGGAAGCCCACCAGAUGAUCACCGUGCUCACCGCAAUCACAGUGAUUAUACAGAUGAUCACAACAGAGUGGGUCGGGCUGGCCACACAGAAAGAGAUAACAAAAGACAUGCACAUGAGAAUCAUCUAUGAGGUGGUGUUUCAUGCCUGCUGCUCGCCAGAGGUUUUUGUUCAGCCCUCAAUUUCUGUUCACGUCCAAGAUUUUUGCGAUUUCUUUGGUGAUGAUCAUGGAUACAGGCAAGCUGCUGCAAAUAUUUUUGCCAACGGUUAUUCUCCAAAGGAAUAUGAAGUCGUGUUUGUGCUUGUGUGCUCUGAGGCUCCGUCGUUUGAUGUUUUUGACCUGCCUCCAUGUAGACAACAUCCUCGGCCAUUGAGAAAUGUCGAAGAGGCUCAUGAAAGCCCCAAAAGGACUUAGUUUACAGGUUCCUUUUGAAUCUCACGUCUUACUAAACAAGUUUGGAUGUAAACUGUGUACGAUAGUUCAAAUGAUGAUAAUUUUAUUGUAGAAUCAUAGCAGUAAAAAUAGACAAGAAACCCUUUUGGAUAUCUUUUCUAAACGAUU